UAUUCCCGUCUUCUUCAAAAAACCCAUCGCCGAUCCACACGCAGUCUCAGUCUCAGUCUCAGUCUCCGAUGUCGACGUACGCGAUGACGACGACGACGACGAAGAUGAAGUCGCCGCUUUUUUUCUACCUUCUCCUCCUCUUUCUUUUCACUCUCUCACCUAACCGAGCUGAUUGUAAGUUGGAGUUGGAAUUAGGCUACUCAGUGUCCACAGUCAUCGAUUUCAACAAAUACAGGCUCAUCCCCGACAAAAUCCACCCCUUUUCUCUCCUACCACGCCAUCGAUCGACUGAUCUCCUCCUCCUCGAUUCCACCGACUCCGUCUUCUACUCUCUCCCCAUCCCAAUCUCUCAGGAGAGUGAGGUGAGUGUUCUGGCUGGGAGAGGUGCUGCUGGGUUCUCUGAUGGGGAUAAGACGGCUGCCAUGUUCAAUAAGCCUCGUAGCUUUGCAAUUGACGGGAAGGAUAAUGUUUAUGUCGCGGAUAAGAUCAAUCAUGCCAUUCGCAAGAUUAGCACGUCUGGUAUGACUACCACAAUUGCUGGAGGCUAUUCACAGAAAAUGGGCAAUAUUGACGGGCCUGCUCAAAACGCAUCCUUCUCAAAUGAUUUUGACCUGGUUUAUGUUCCCACAAUAUGUGCCUUGCUGAUCUCUGAUCGUGCAAAUGGGUUGAUUCGGCAAUUGGAUUUGAAGCCAGAAGAUUGCGCACAGAGAACACAAGCAGGUCUGGGAGUAGCACCUGUGUCCGUCAUUGCAGUUCUUUGCCUCUUAUUUGGCUUGGUUUUUGGAUUUGCAGUUCGGCCAUUUUUUGCCACACGUCACAUCUUCAGCAACCACUUUAUCCACAAGACAUGGAAGCACUACCGGAUCAAUCUGGGGCGAGUAGUUCCGACAGCCAGCUCCGCCGUAAAAAGCGCGACUGCUAAUUCCCCAAUCUAUCAUCUAACGUGUCGGCUUGUUAACUUAGGUUAUUGCUAUUUAUCUGUAGUUCUUAGAAAUAUUAUGCCAGAAAGGCGAGUUCGGCGUUGUAGUGUGAAAACUCCCCUGAAGGAACCCGUUUCCUUACUCGAUUCAGAUUUAGUCAGUGACUGUGAUGAUAUGCCAAAGCUGCAGAGUUUUGGUGAUCAUUUACAGGAUUUGAUCAGCUUUGAUGAAGGAACCGGUGUUUUGGAGGUGAAGAGAACUUCUGAGCAGCAAUUUGAGACUGUAGAUGCUUCUGAAGGCAGCUUCUGCAAGAUAGAUGAUAUGAUAAAUGCCAACUUAUCAGGCUUCAGCAUAAUAGCGGGCUCCAAAGACCACAGCUCUGGUUUGGUUCUGAGGAGGCCUAUGAGAGAUAAUAGACCGUGAAUUCACCUCAUUUGUCACUCUUGUAUAAAUCUAGGUGAUGUUGCUUGUUUGUGUCAGCUAAUGUUGCAAGUACUCGAAACUACUGUUUUCUAUGUAACCUUGCUAGUUUGCUCCUUCAAACAGAUGGGUUGAAAAUUAAAUGGUUUAUAUUCACAUU